AUGGACCAAGGGAAUCCCACGCAAGAGGCCUCACCACAGCCCGCCUUCCGAGUUCACUCGCCCGCCGUAGACUUCAUCGAGAACAGGUCACACCAUUACCACCCAGCAUUCGACCCUCGCUAUGUCCAGUUCAAUUCUACUCAAAGACAAUUUAUCCCCAGAAUACAACAUCCCUUCGACGAGUUGUUGCCUCAGAGCAUGAUGCAACCAGCUGUCGCGGCGCCUAGCCUCCUUUCUUUGCCUCAACAAUCGCCACGGCCAGGACCCGGCGCCGUGAAUGACAUGUUGUUUUGGCACGAAAUCUUCCCCAGGGCAAUGGAAACGUUGAGAGAAGAUCCCACCCCAUGCCUGAUCAAGGACCCGGCGUGGGAUAUCCGGCGCUUUGCGACGUGGGCCGAUGUUCAGACCAAGUUGGACAUGGCCCGGCAGAGAUACGACUUUCAUCUUGGUCCACAGCAAGUAGGGAGGUUCAGAAGAAAAGUCCGAAGCGUCUUGAGCGACCACACGGUGAAAUUGCAACAGGCUGCAAAGCUUAUACCGGAAAUGGACGUCUCUAAGCCUAUUAUAGGCGCCAUCAAAGUCGUGCUAGAUGCCUAUCGCCAAGUAUCAGAAGUCAGAGAGGAGGUGACAACCAGUUUUGAUGACUUGCCCGAGGCAUUCGAGAAGAUGGACUUUUACCUCCAGACGUACCGCAAAGAUGAAAACAUUGUAUCUGCGUCAUGCAAUCUGGUUUGCGCCAUCUUCCGCGCUAUUGAAAACGCCAUUGCAUUCUACACUAGCCAUCAGGCCAAAAGAGCCAGCAUGGCUGUUCUCUCGGGUUCGGAUUAUCAGAAGACUCUACUUCAGAGUCUUCAUGAUGUCAAGAGCCGCUGCGACUCCUUGGAAAGUCAAGCCCACAUGUCCCUCGCUCAUCGAGUUACCAGCGACAACUCCCAGAUGAUGGAUCAGAACGCGGUCAUGCAGCAUGUCCUCGGAUCCAUCCAUAAAGACGUGCGAAUCAACAACCUCGGAAUGCUUUACUUCGCAGACUUGUUCAACAAGCUUUAUCCGCUUUUGAGUGGACUUGAACAUGCCAGAGGACCUGCUUCGCCCAUGAGGAGAAGCCCGUCUCCGUUGCCGCAGCUCAUGAACGAGGAGCCGUUCUGGUCCCCCCAAGACAUCUGGGUCCGUCUGCGUAUCCCGGCCAUAGACGAGGAAGACCUUCGGUUUGUCGCGGACAACACAGAGCUGAUGCUUCACCAGGAGAGAGGCAGGGCACAACAAAUUCUGGGGACACAUCAGUUCCAAAAAUGGAUGGCUUCAAGCGGCUCUGCUAGGUUGCUCGUCUAUGGCGACUUCCGGCCUCCAUUCGAUAUCUCACCCCUAUCUGUGAUCUGCACCCUCCUGACACACACGUUCAGAAAUUUGGGCAGCAACUACCUUGCUCUCGUGUUCUUUUGCGGUCAACAUCAGAUUUGGGACGCGCAUCGAGGAGGCUCGGCAAUCAUUCGGUCACUCAUUGAGCAACUGUUGCGUCAAUGUCCACUUGGUCCCAUUCGACCAGACCCAAGGAUGUUUUUAGAAGACCUCGAACAAGAAGACCUCGGGGCUCUGUGCGAGGUGUUCAUCUUGUUGUUCCGACAACUUCCAUCACAUACGCAGGUGUUUUGUUUUGUGGACGGCAUCAGCAUAUAUGAGACUGAACAAUACCUCGAUGGAGUGGAUGCCGUCAUCAUGAGCUUGAUAGGCGUGGUAGAGCAAGGCGGCUAUAAGGGCUGGCCUUCCUUGAAACUGCUUAUCACUAGCCCCCAGCCGACAGUGGAGGUCAGAAAAGUCUUCGACCCAGAGCCAGACACAUUACUCUGUAUGCAGGGUCUAUCUGUUGUGGAUGUUGGCAUGGGAGUAGUCGGCCUUCAGGAACAGCUGGCAUUGGGUAUGAGUGGGUUUAACUAG